GAAAGAGAGAGAGAGAGAGAGAGAGACAAUAAGAACAACACAACAACAACAGCAAACAGGCUGAGAAACGCUGUAACACAGGGUGACCGGGUGUGGGGUAACCCUGAGGUCAGUCUUUUGUGGACGUCGCUUGGCUCUCUGACAGUGAAUUCACAAUAAAAGGAGCUGCAGCUGCAGUAGGUUUGACAGUUUCACUAUCAGAGCCUCUGGAGUCUGAGAAGAAUUGAAGAGUAUGAUGGCGUCUAUGGCAUCAGGUCUACAGGAUUCCUCCAUAGAGGAGCUUCAUCUGCAAAGGAGAGGGCAGCGUGUGCCAUACCAGAUCUUUCCAGACUCAGAGGAGGACUCCGAGGUGCUGCAGAGUCCAGCAGGACAGAGGGGUCGCCUGCCCUCUAUAGUGGUGGACCCCACACAGGUGAGUGAGGAGGAGAGAGGUCGGCUGCUGUGGUCUCUACAUAGACACACCUCCACAGAGGAGGACGAUGACUCCUUCCAGGAACAGGAGGCGACCCAAAAUGACGAAUCCAACCAAGAGGAGCACGGGAACGCAGAGGGCAAUGGAGAAGAGCGAGAGGCUCAUAUCAAACACUCAUCAGCCGCAGUGCAGCCAGGACUGCUGGACCACUCUCGUCUCACUCCUCCUCAGUCCCCUACAGCUCCAGACAUAGCGCCGCCCUGCUUUAGAGGUUGAAUGAGCUAAAGCAAGAGAUACAGGACGAAAAGCUGCCUUAGGAGCUCUACACAGCAAUUCACUUCUGUAGGCCUACUUCACUUUGAAUAAAGAGACAUCCUAUGUAUGUUUGGGGCAAAUUUGACACCUUUUGAUAAAGAAGGGGGGGGUCUGCUCAUUAAUAAGUCUAGCUGUGAAUGAGUGGGGUCUGGGGGAGCAGGGGCCUCUACCUAUACAAACAAGAGCUACAGUUAAACGCCUGUACCUAAAGUGUUAAAAAAAUGGUCAGUAUGUAUGUCCCAUAACAGCCUAGCUGACACAGCUGCUCUCCCUUUUAUAUCUCUUCCAUCUGUUUGAAUAUGUUCUGGAUUAUUUUAUGUAUAAGCACAAAAUAAACUGUGAUUUUUCUAAUAAACACGGGUAUCAUUUUUCUGAAA